CUAUUUUUUCCAAUAAUUAUUUCAUUUUGUUACAAAAAGGAAAUUAAUCAGCUGUGACACCUCACUGACAUUUGAAUGCAUGAAUAUUCAGUUUAUGACCAUGUGACACAACUUCCAGUGAUGGAGGUAAAAUAUAAAUGACACUCUUUGCAGCUUAGAGGCACACAUGAUAGCGUUUGUUGUGAGUUUAAUUACAGCAAAUGUUGUUAAGCAACUGUCUGAUAUUCUGUUAUAUGUAUAGUUAUAUACUUUGCACAUGUAGGAGGAAACGUUCCAAUGGGUUUAGAGCAGAAAUUAAUUAUUGGAUUUAAUGCCACAUUUGUUCACCCAGGAAGAUUCUAUCUUGGUGGGUUUUCUGACAUGGCUCAUGAUAAUUAUUACUAUAUCUUCCUGUGUUUUGUCUACAUAUUUACUGUUGUAGGAAAUGUUUUGCUCAUUUUAAUUAUUUUUCUGAUAAAGACUCUUCAUACUCCGAAAUACUUGAUUGUGUUCAACCUGGCUUUGACAGAUUUGUGUGGGAGCACAGCUCUCAUCCCAAAACUGUUAGACACAUUUCUGUUUGACAGAAGAUACAUUCUCUAUGAGGCUUGCUUAAGUUAUAUGUUCUUUGUUUUGUUCUUUGCAAGUAUUCAGUCAUGGACACUUGUCAUUAUGGCAUAUGACAGAUUUAUAGCCAUUUGUUUCCCUUUAAGGUACCAUAGUAUUGUGACUAAAACAUCUAUUGCUGCAAUGCUAGCCUUUGAAUGGGUGCUUAUAACAAGCAUCAUGGCAUCUACUGUUGGGCUUAUUGAUCGCCUUUCCUUCUGUGGAUCUUUUGUGGUGAAAAGCUUUUUCUGUGAUCAUGGACCUGUGUUUUAUCUGGCAUGCAAUGAUACAUCUUUAAACCGCAUAAUGGCAUAUGUUGCCUUAGUUAGUUUCAUCUGUAUUCCUCUAAUAUUAAUAGCGUUUACUUAUGUUUGCAUUUCCAUAGCACUGAGCAGAAUUGCGUCAGGAGAGGAACGACUCAAAGCACUGAAAACUUGUACUUCUCAUGUGAUUCUAGUUGCUGUUUUCUUUUUGCCAUUGGUGGGAACAAACAUAGCUGCAGUGGCCUCCUAUAUUCAUCCUAAUGCCAGGAUCAUAAACUCAACUUUGGCAUACACCAUACCAGCUUUGCUUAAUCCUAUUAUAUAUGCUUUAAAGACAGAAGAAGUGAUGAAUGCUGUCAAGAAGCUUUGGAAAAAAACCCCGUUUAUAAACACAGCAUAA